AUGCCUAAGAAUAAAGGUAAAGGAGGGAAAAAUCGACGUCGUGGGAAGAAUGAAAAUGAGAGUCAGAAACGUGACUUAAUUUACAAGGAGGCUGGUCAAGAAAUUAUAGCUACCUGUGACAUUCGGAAUAAUCAUAAUAUGCUUCUUACCUGCAAUAACCAUGAUGAUCUGGCUAUUCUUGUGGAUAUGGAUAAAGUACCAUCUAUUACCAGGCAAUUCAAGAUCACAACUUCUCUAGAUAAUCACAUCCUACUGGAUUCCCGUCCAAGUAUUGUUUGUGAGGUGUGGAUCAGUAACGGUGAUAUCAUUUUAAUUGGUUUGCGGGAUUAUCAAGAUAACAAAGCAGAUGUGAUCAUGAAGUAUCUAAACGAUGAGGCAAGGACUCUGAAGUCACUAGGUGAGAUCCCUGAUACUAUAAAAUUGGAAGAGAAUGAUGACAUUGAGUUCGAUGCAAACGCUGCCAUUUUUGAUGAUGAAGAUGAAGAUGGCGAAAAGGGAUCUGAUUCAGAAGAAGAUGGCUCAGAUGAUGAUGAAAACAGUGAUGAUUCUGAUGAAAUAGCAGAAGUAAACCAACGGUUUCGAGCCGAUUCUGGUGUUACUAAAGAUCAGCGAAAUAAUCGUCGACGAUAA